AUAAUGUAGAGUAAUUGUAUCAUGUAAUAAAUUUUCAAAAAAAGAAAAAAUCACGUGAGGGGCACAUGCAUUGCUCAUUAACAGCUACAAUAGUUUAGAAGUGUCAGCAGCUCAGCCACCCGAACCCGAACCACGGAAACGGCAGCAGUAGCUAACCACCGCCACCGCGGUCUCGCUCCUCCGAUUUUAGGCCCUAAAAUCUUCCGAGAUUACACUUCCUGACCUCAAACUUCUCCACCUACACUUUCUCUCUCUCCUAAAUUGUUGUUAACAGAGUUAGACCUAUCAAACACUUGAGCUGCAUAGAUAAUUCCUUCAAUGGUUUCAUUUAAUUACAUUCAACUCUCCUAACAGACGAAGAGAGCAUUAGAAAACUACUCGACACACAAAAGAAAAUCUAGUGCCUAACAUAAGUAGAUUCAAUGGCACCUUCCGGUGGACCAAGGCUUUCCGGGAUGCAGAAACAAGUACUUAGCCUGUACCGAGAGUUUCUGCGAGCAGCGCGUUCAAAAUCUGCUGAGGAUAGAUGCAAAAUCGAAUCGAUUGUGUCUACAGAGUUCCACAACAAUGCAAAGCAAGUAGAUCGCAAAAAUUACAUUUACAUCGAGUACUUACUUCGUCGCGGUAAGAAGCAGCUUGAUCAGCUAAAGAGCCCUGCUACGGUUGGUUUAUCUUCCUUCGAUGUCAGUUCCCCUCAAAACAAAACACAACACUAAGGUUUGAAAUAAGAAAAAUAACUGAUUAGUUGCUCUUAUUUUUCUUGCUAAGUUGUCAAAAUUCAUCAUAUUUUUUAGUGGGGUUAUGAAGGAAAAGUUCUAAUUCAUGUAUUUUUUGAUUUACUGUGUGGACUAAUUUGCCUCUUCUGCAAAAUGUACGGAAAGUACUUCCAAUAAUAAUAAAAUGAAAAGUUAUAUAACAA